AUGAGCUCAACCAACCCAGACUACACUGGGAAGCCUGGAAACCCAGGCCCUUGGAACACUGGUCUUUGCGACUGUUGCUCCGAUGUCAAAACCUGUUGUUUGACAAUGUGGUGUCCAUGCGUUACUUUUGGGCAGAUUGCUGAGAUUGUGGAUAGAGGAAACACGUCUUGUUUUGUAGCAGCCACGCUUUAUGCAAUUGUAGGUUUAUCUAAGUGGGGAUUUUGUCUCUCAUGCUUCUAUCGCACUAAAAUGAGGAAGCAAUUCAUGUUGGAGAAGAGCCCUUGUGACGAUUGCCUUGUUCACUGGUUUUGCGAGCCUUGUGCCUUGUGUCAAGAGCAUCGCGAGCUCAAAAUCCGUGGAUUCAACCCCAGUAUCGGAUGGCAUGCAAAUAUGGACAAUCAGCAGGGAGUGGAGAUGGCCCCCAAGGUGGAAGAAGGCAUGAACCGUUAGGGUCGAAGAUUAUUUCCUUACUAUGUUGUUGAAUCUCAUGAAUUAAUUAAUCAUUGUCUGCAUGCAUCUAUCUCUGCACCCGAUUGCCGUUACUGUUUCUCGUACGGAACAAUUAUAUCUAUUGCAAUAAUUAUUCCUAUUGCCGUCAUGAGAGUGUAUACUUGGCCUCAUAGUCCUGCUUGGAGCACUGAA